AUCUCCUGUUGGAACAAUGAAUGUAGUUCUACAACUCCCGCUUGUUUUUUCAUGUUAAGUAAAGAAAGUUACUGAUUCAUUGUCAAAGCAUCGACAUCACUCACACACAACUACAAUUCGCCAUCGAUUAAAGACCCUGGAAAUGACCUUUACCAGCGCCAGCGGUGCAGUUGAAAUGAUGCUGGUGUCAGCCUCCUUUUACUUCUUACCACCUGCAUUGCUGUAGCUAGUUCUCGGACCACUACUUCCUGUUUCGACUACGCAAAAGAUGCAGGUGAAUUCGUUUUCCCAAAAAGGCCCACCAAGGGGCCACCAGCCCAAGCCGGUCGUUUGCCCAGAGGUGAAAGUGGUCGAGAACCAGCUCCUCGCUCAACUGGAUUCUUGCCGAAUUUGUUUCGAAGAAAUCGCGGAUCCGGUUUUCACCUCCUGCUGUGGCACCGAGUUUUGCGAGGACUGCCUCAAAUCGGUGAAGACCGCCCACGGCAACGACGCGAAAUGCCCGAACUGCCGGGCGGAGAACCUAGCCUGGCACCGGAUUCGCUUCAUGCAGGCGCUUUUGUCUACCGCCAAAGUGAAAUGCGAGGGGUGCAAGGAGGUUUUCAACCGCGCGGAGACGGAUAAUCACAUGAAGCAGUGCGGGAAAGUGCAGCUCUCCUGUCCGAACCACGUGAAAGGUUGCUCGUGGUACGGAGACCGAGAGGCAUUGUCAAGCCACAUCGAGGACUCGUGCGAGUUUUCGGAGCACGGUGCGGCCUUGCAAGCACUGAAGUUCGCGAACGAGGACAAAGACCGAGCGAAAAAACUUGCAAAAGUGAAGGCGAAGAUCUGCGCAAGGGGGAAGGACUACGGCAAACACCUUAUGACGGAUCAGUCUGCCUACCCCUUGCGGUGGUUGUACGAAGAAGUGAAAAAGCAGAAACUCGCGCUUCUCCGCUACGAGGCCAAGGAGCUUGCGGAGUUGGCGGUCAGCAUCCAGAUGCAGUUCUACGCGAAGAAACCAGCGUCAAGUUUAGCCGAAAUUUAUAAGCAGCCCCAAGCAAAAGCUAGCUCGAGUACUGCUGUAGUGCUGGUGAAGACGAGUGCCACCUCUUCAUGUUCCUCUUCUUCCUCUUUUUUCGGGGUGCGCAGUACAGACACGAAGACAUCAAAGAAUGACAAAGCGCCAGCGACAUCUCCUGCAGCGGUCGAUCACAAUGAGGUCGAUAAAGUAGUGGAACACGAACCCGAGCAGCACGACACAGGUGACGCACCGACCUGUUCUUCCAUUUCCUCGAGCCCGAUGGAGCUGCAGCAGCAGGGUAUCAGCGCUCUGUUUGGUACGCCGAAUCUCUUCGCACCGAGCGUUACGGAGCUGGAGCAGCAUAUCGCGAAGAUCCUGCUGAAAAAAGUCCGCGAGCACGCGAAGUUUCAUGCGUUCACUAAUGUCGGCUCCGGCGCGGUUCUGCACCCAUGGGAGAUCGCGCAUUGGGUGCCGCGGUUUCUGCACGAGGCUACAGCGCUCCUGUUCCCGACGGAGAAGGUGCAGAUGUAUACUGGCAAAUCAGAUAAGGAAUUUUACACGACUCUGUAUUUGACAAGCCUGGAGUCUUGGAUCCUGGACAAGCACCCGCCGGUCUUCCCCGUGAAGAGGAUUUCGUUCGAGGAGGACGGCGGGUUUUUUAAUAUCGAUCCCACGUAUCAUAACGUUCUGGAGGCGGAGAAACGGUACAAGGAACAUCAAGCCUUGCUGAAGGAAGCGAUGUUGAGAUUCUGCAGGAGAGCCUUCACCAAAGAGCUUGCUCACGUCCGAGGAAUCACGCCAGUGCCUAAACUGAGAUUCGAUGACAGGACUGACAAUCUUUCCAUCACGGGCCCUGACCUCGACGCUAGAACGACCUUGAUCAGGUUGGGCCAUGCGGACAGCACGCAGAAGCUGGGGAAAAUGUUGGAAUCUGCCACACCGACAUUCCAAGACGCGGUAGCGCAGUACGUCUUCUGUUUGUCCAGUAGGGCAGUGUUCUUGCCGAAUGUGGAUAUUAGGGAUUCAAUUGCCGCGAGCAGUUCCGCUUCCGCAUCUGCUUCCUUCUCCAGAACAAACAAUCUAAGUAUCUAG